UUGUAAGAGCCUGACAAAGCCUGACUAAGAGCUCCCUAAAUAGACAAACGCCCUUGCACAACAUGUACAAACGCGUACCCCAUUCCCAAUCCCCUUCCACCAUGUCUCCAUCUCUGCGCCAGCGUUUCUUCUUAAAAAGCAAGGAUGCUUCGUCUCAGUCGCUACAGCACUCACAGGAUACAUCCGGAAGUACAGGCACGACGUUAACCCCAGAGUCAGAUCCCCCGACAGACGCCAGCGCUCCCACUGCUCUUUCUUCCGAGUCUUCUGUGUCUGAUAGAGACCACGAUCCGUCUCUGAGGACUACUCUAGCAAACAUCCAUCGCGUUCCGUUCUAUCGACGCAGAAGCAACAAGUCUGAUGCAGCUCUGUCCUCUUCCAUCAUCAAGCCUCCCACACGUCGCAGACGCGCAAAACCCUCUUUCCUUUCUCGUGUCGUCCAUAGAGUCGUUCCUUGUGUACCCGAUUCCAGUGCUCCCCAACCGGAUUCCGAUACACCGCCGUCAGAUCCAUUAGCCGCUCAACUAGACAGUCAUCUUAACUCAUCUUUAUCUUCUGAUGUCUCCAAUCAGUCUGAUAAUAACGCUGUCGUAGAUCUUCCUCCAGUAAUGACUCAAGAUUUGUCUUCACCCCAGGACCCAGAUGUCAUCGUACCUCCACCUUCCAGCGUCUAUCUGUUGCCUCAGGACGAGACCGACGGUGUCACCUCGGGUGCCGUCCAGCCCCCAGGAUCUACUGGAGAACCUAUUGCACGGACGCCGACUAGAGACACUGAUGAUUCUGAAGCUACUAGUUAUAUGGAUGAUGACGGAGAUGAUACGCAAAUUGAUAUGCAGGCUGAAGAAGAUCGUUUGAUCAAGAAUGGCGGAUGUGGAAUACCCAUCGGGCCGGACGGCAUGCCGCAGCCCCUUCUACCGCCCAUAGCUCCUCAUCAUGCGGGACGCAAGUGCUUAGUUCUUGACCUCGACGAGACCUUGGUGCAUAGCAGCUUUAGGCAGGCUGUGCAAAAUGCUGAUUUUAUCGUUCCCGUCGAGAUUGAAUAUACUUGGCAUCAAUUCCAUGUAUUGAAACGGCCGGGGGUUGAUGCCUUUCUCAAGAAAAUGGGUGAACUGUACGAGGUCGUUGUGUUCACAGCGAGUUUAAGCAAGUAUGCCGAUCCAGUGUUAGAUAAAUUGGACAUUCACCAAGCUGUGGCGCAUCGCUUAUUCCGAGAAAGUUGCUAUAGCCAUAAUGGUAACUAUGUUAAAGACCUUUCUCAACUGGGUAGAGCCAUCACAGACACUAUAAUUCUGGACAACUCGCCCGCAUCUUAUAUCUUUCAUCCUAACAAUGCGGUUCCUGUCUCCUCAUGGUUUAAUGACCCACAUGACGCAGAGCUCGUAGACCUCAUACCUUUUCUGAUUGACCUCACUUCAGUACCAGAUGUUAGGGGCAUUCUGAAUCCCGUUCGAUGUUAAUGACACGCAACGUAUUUGGGCAUACGUGCACUUAUUUUGCAAUCCUACGACACCAGUCAUUCGUUGACAUAUAUCGUAAUUUAUUCUGGGAUCUUUGUUGGGUUAAAGUAUCACGCACACAUUGCUUUGAAUAUGUAGCCUUCUUACAGUUUUGUAUCAACACCAUUUCUGCGAUUCCACGGCCUAUCAUAAUGAG